AUUUGAUAAAGCGAGUCGUGAGUCUCCAAACCGGUAGAUGGCAGUAAAGAGCUGUCGAUUGGGUUCCGUUGACGUCAAUUCAAAAAGGAAGGACACGGGGCACCUUUAGUAAAACACGACGAGGAGCACGUCUCCAGUUUGGAUCAACAUGGGUCGCCACUUCGGAGAUUUGGCCAAGGUCAGGCAUAUCAUCACAUACAGUCUGUCCCCCUUCGAGCAGAAGGCUUUCCCCAACUUUUUCUCCAAAGGAAUUCCUAAUGUAUGGAGAAGGUUUAAAUCUUCCGUCUUCAGAGUCGCCCCACCAAUGGUCGUGAUGUACCUGACCUACACGUGGGGAAACCGUGCUCACCAGCAAAGCAAGAGGAAGAAUCCUGCUGACUAUGAGCAUGAAGAAUAAACUCUGGCCUGCUUCCAACUUCUUCUGUUGUUAAACGCUGCUCCUGUCUCACCAUUAAAGAUGAAAAUGUAUUUAUGUGGAA